GGUCAGGGGGAGGCUGUAGGGGUCUGAUUAGAGAAGAGAAGGGUCGGGGGGAGGCUGUAGGGGUCUGAUUAGAGAAGAGAAGGGUCGGGGGGAGGCUGUAGGGGUCUGAUUGCAUACUGUUUCAUGAGUGUUUCUUGAGAGCCAUCUCUGUUUGCUGAAUGAAGAAUGAACACCGCCUCCCCCCCUCAGCUGACCAGCAGAAGGAGAGGCAGUGUGCCUUCACUGAGCAGCAGCAGGAGAUGGAGCGCGUGGCGGUAGGAGAGGGACGGGUUUCUCCUGAGAACACUACUAUCCACUGCUCUAAAGGAUCCCACUGCUUCGGCCUCUGGGAGAAGAGUCCUCCUGGAGACGUUAGGCUGGUCAAACAAGGUUGUUGGACUCACCUUGGCGACCAGCAGGAGUGUCGGGGCGACCGUUGCGUGGUAACCAACCUGCCUCCUCAGAUCCAGAAUGGGACGUAUCACUUCUGCUGCUGUAGUACGGACAUGUGUAACGUCAACUUCACUGAGGACUUUCCCCUGCCCAGUCCCACUACAGCCCAGCCUCUAUGUAAGUUAACCUUUGACCCUAACCUCUGACCCUAACCUCUGACCCUGCCCAGUCCCACUACAGCCCAGCCUCUAUGUAAGUUAACCUUUGACCCUAACCUCUGACCCUAACCUCUGACCCUGCCCAGUCCCACUACAGCCCAGCCUCUAUGUAAGUUAACCUCUGACCCUGCCCAGUCCCACUACAGCCCAGCCUCUAUGUAAGUUAACCUCUGACCCUAACCUCUGACCCUGCCCAGUCCCACUACAGCCCAGCCUCUAUGUAAGUUAACCUCUGACCCUGCCCAGUCCCACUACAGCCCAGCCUCUAUGUAAG